UAUAUUCCUUCAUAUGAAUUUAUCCAAGUAGUGACACAAGGAGAAUCUAGGCUAUUGGAAAAAUUUUCUGAGAAACAGCAGCAAUGGAUUGAUUAUAUAGUAUUGGUAUUAGGAAAAAGAAAUGUUAGCAAUGAAGAAUUUAAUAACCCUGAUAUUGCA